GCAAGCAUCCUCACUCACAUUUCUAGGGAAUACCUUCGCAUAUAUACACAAUCAUCUUCACAAAAAUGGCUGCCACCAUUGCUUCAGUCGUCUCAGGCUACGAUCGACAAUCGGAGCUCAAAGCUUUCGACCAAACAAAAACCGGCGUCAAAGGACUCGUCGAUGCCGGAAUCAGGAAAAUCCCUACAAUCUUCUUCCAUCCCCGGGACACCACCCCCAAAACAUCCACCGCUGCUGUCGAGAUUCCGGUCAUAGACCUUCAAUCGACCCAUAGAGCAUCGAUGGUGGAGAUGAUUCGUGAAGCCUCGGCGAACCUAGGUAUUUUUCAGGUGGUGAAUCAUGGGAUUCCUGUGAGUGUUAUGGAGGAGGUGGUUCAAGGAGUUCGUAGAUUUCACGAACAAGAUGAUGAGGUGAAGAAAGGGUUUUACACCAGGGAUCUUUCGAGUACAUUUGUGUAUAACAGCAAUUACGAUCUGUAUAAUUCCCCCGCUUUGAACUGGAGAGAUACCUUCUUUUCAUUUAUGGCUCCGUCACCUCCGCCGCCUGAGGAAUUACCGGGGGUUUGCAGAGACAUUCAAAUCGAGUACUCAAAUCAAGUCAUGAAAUUAGGAGGCGUACUUUUCAGAUUAUUCUCAGAGGCGUUGGGAUUGAACGCAAAUCAUCUUGGAGAUCUCGAUUGUGGCAAAGGGCUUUUAUUCUCCGGCCAUUAUUACCCUGCUUGUCCACAACCAGAUCUAACAAUGGGCACAAGCAAUCAUACAGACGACGGAUUCCUAGCUGUGCUUUUACAAGAUCAAAUCGGAGGUCUCCAAAUCCGCCAUCAAAAUCAAUGGAUUGAUGUUCCUCCGACACCUGGUGCGCUUGUGAUCAACACCGGAGAUCUAUUACAGAUGAUGUCGAAUGACAGAUUGACUAGUGUGGAGCACAGAGUGUUGGCAAAUGAGAAAGGGCCGAGAGUGUCGGUGGCGUGUUUCUUUGGCACCCAUUUAACGCCGUCGGAGAAGGUGUAUGGACCCAUUAAAGAGCUGCUUUCCGAUGAGAAUCCGGCGAGAUACAGGGAAACCACCGUCCAUGACUACAGUCGAUAUACUGUGUCUAAGGGCCUUGCUGCAGGGGCUACUCGUUUGCAUCAUUUGAAGCUCUAAAUUGAAUGGCAUAUUUAUAUAUACAUAUUUAAAUAAGAUAGCAUGUUAUAUCAUACUGGGAUGAGACUUGAGAGAUAAAAUGCUUUUUUUUUUGUUUGUUUGUUUGGUG